AUGCCUGAUCGUCCAGACCCGGGUCAGGGAAAGCGGGCGUCUUUGGCCUGGCUGGCGAUCGACAACUCCCCAUGUGCCGUUGGAACGGAAAGGGUCCUUUGCCGGGACCCGAUGGACUUUGAUUUAUUCUCUCGCGUUCUGAGUAUGGACGAGGCCGUUCACAUGGUUCUUGUUGGCCAUCCUUUCCGUAUUGGCUUGCUUCUGAAAUUGGCCGAGCUUGUUCAUUUGAGCAAGCCUGCAGCAGUCCUGAAUGAGAAGCCCUGA